AUGGCUGACAAUAUUCCAGACACUAACACUACUGACAGAAACACGAGUUCUUCUGGUCGUGCCACAAGUAUUCCUACUUUAAAUGCUGGUUUUUACACUGACAUCAAUAACAAUAUCAUAGGCCCUUCCAUAAGUACUUACAAUGUAGUCACCACUGAUGAAACUCACGAACCACCAGAUACUAAGAGUAUUCCGAGCUAUACUUCUGAGAGUGCUUGCAAUGCUCUCAUCACUGAAAAUGCUCAGACCUGCUCCUCAAUUAAAGAUGGUCUCAGACCAUCUGGUGCAGCAACCACUUCUGAAGAAAAUCGUGGAAAGACAGAGACUAACAUGGGAGCUGGAGUCAAUAAGCAGAUAUCAGGUGAAAAGCAAAAGAAGAGACAGUCAUCAAAUGCAUCACUGAGAGGACACAAUACAAAAUAUGGAACAAAGCCAUGUUUUUUCAACAUUGAAAAACCUGUGGUUUCUAAUAUUCAAACACGAUCAGCUACAGUGUCAUGGACUCUGAACAAUACUGAAAAAUAUGAUAUUAAUCUUCCUAUGACAUUUGAAUUGGCACUGUCCAGCAGUGGUAAAAACAGAAUCUAUAAACACAUUUAUACUGGUGAUGGCGUUACUGUGGUCCUACAUGAUCUACAGCCUUGCACGGUCUACUUCUUAAGAGUUGCAAUCAUAAGAGAUGGAGAACACAGAAAUGUGUCUGAAGUGGUUAGCUUCACAACACCAGGCUGUGAACCAGACCCUCCUCUUGCACCCACACUGAUUAGCAGAACCAAGAACAGCCUGAACUUACAAUGGAAAGGUUGCAAUGAUAAUGGAUCCAAAAUAAGCCACUUUCUAUUGGAAUGGGAUGAGGGCAUAGGUGAAGACUUCAAAAGCUGUUACACUGGGCCCAGGAAACAGCACAAGCUCUUUAAACUGAGCCCAUCGACAAAAUAUUCCUUCAGAUUGGCUGCCAAAAAUCACUUCGGCUGCAGUAAUUUCAGUGAAACAGCAGUCUUCUAUACGUCGGAAAACACGCCUUCAGCACCUCUGCCACCUAAGUUGAAAGAGGCAGGAGUCUACAGUUUGUCUCUAGAAUGGUGUGCCCCAACAAACCCAAACCCUAAUGAUACCCUUACUUAUGUGCUAGAGAUGAAGGAAGCAAAGUCUGGAUUAGGUUUUAAACCUAAAUACAAUGGAGAGGACCUCUCUUGCACCGUGAAAAAUCUUCAGAGAAAUACUACAUACAAGUUUCGGAUUUUUGCCUACAAUCUGGAAGGAAGGAGCAACCCCAGUGGAGAAGUAAAAUAUACUACCCGUCCAGCUAGGCCUGGAUGCCCUAAUAAACCACACGUAGUGGGAACGAUCCAUGCCCGCCAAGUGACAAUUGGAUGGGAUUUACCAAAAGAUAAUGGUGAAAUGAAAAUUUCAAGUUACAGUUUAGAAGUUUGUGAAAAUUCAGAUGCUGGGAAUCUCUGGAAAAUAAUCUACAGUGGCACACUGCAGGAAUUCCUGUACGAUGACCUCCAACCAGGCACCACUUAUAAACUUAGGGUCUUUUGCACUUCACCUGCAGGCCAAAGCCGUCCUUCAGAUGUAUUGACAAUUCAGACACCUGCUCUUCCUCCUGAGUCUUGCAGUUCGCAGCCCUUACAUAGUAAAACCAAGGGAAGGGAUGUCAACCUUCUUGACAAUCGUUCUGUUAAUGGGAAGUCUGAAGCACCUGUGCGAGGCAAAAAAGCAAAAGGUACUCAUCAUGACAAAAAGGAGUGCCCCAGCUCUGAAAAGACAUGUGCAGCUGUAAAUAUAGUUGGGGUUGGAAUGUUUGGAGGAACUGCAAAAGUGACAACACCUGGAACGGUACCAGCAAUGGUUCCAAUGUUACAAGAAGUUGAAAACAAAGUGCCUGCCAAGCAGUCAUCAACUUGCAUAGCUAUCCGGUGGGAGGAGCCAGACUGCCAUGGCUCUCAGAUCACUGGAUAUAACAUUGAAUAUGGAGAUAAAAAAAUCGUGACUGUCAAAAGGGUAACCGAGUAUGUUCUGAAAAAUCUACAACCUAAUACUACAUACCGAAUCAGAAUUCAAGCUAUCAAUCAUUAUGGACUAAGCCCUUUUAGCCCAUCAAUAAGAUGCAAAACCAAACCACUGCCACCAGAGCCUCCACAGCUUAAUUGUGUGGUCUAUGGACACCAGAGUCUCAGACUCAAAUGGGGCACAGUCUCCAGCAAAAAGUCACGUGCGAUCUUUAUCAGCUACAACUUACUAAUGGAAGACCGAUCUGGCAGGUUUUCUGUCAUUUACCGUGGGACAGAUGUGACUCACAAAGUGCAAAAACUGACUGAAUAUACACAAUACAAGUUUAAAAUCCAGGCGUGUAAUGAAGCUGGGGAAGGACCAGAGUCUGACAUCUACACUUUCACUACAACCAAGUCCCCACCAACUGCACUUAAAGCACCCAAAGUACAUCCACUGAAUAACAACUGUUGCGAGAUCAAAUGGGAGACUUUAGAACCAAUUAAAGGUGACCCCAUUGUGUACUGUCUUCAAGUCAACACCGGAAAAAAGGCUCAUCAGAUUUACAAAGGACCAAACACUUCCUUUUCCUUUUCGAACUAUGAUGCAAAUUCACGCUACCGCUUCAAGGUCUGUGCAGGACGCCAAUAUGAAACCUUCAAUGGUCUCCAAGAGCUGUGGGGGCCAUAUAGCCCCAGUGCUCUGUUCUCGACCUAUAAGCAUCACUCAGGGCAUGACAAAGGCAGUGGGGGUAAAGGAAAAGGCAACCACAGUGAGAAAGGGGAAAAGUGCAAGGUAGGGUUUGCACUUAUUGCUGUUUUGUGUGCUGUUGCAAUUCAGUUCUUCUCGUUCAUCUAG